AUGUUUGCUUUGCCGUAUAUUUUUGGUGUCAUUAGCAGAUUACGAAAUACAUUACUACAUACUUCAGCUGUGAACUGUGUUGUAAAAAAAUCAUCAGGUAGACCUCCUAACAUUUUGAUUUACACCGGAAAAGAUGACCAAUUAAAUGAAAAGUUCCAAAAGACUAAAGAAUUGCUCAAACAAUGUUUGCAUCAAGAUAAAUACGUGAUUUACCAACUUAAACAUGAUUCAGUUCUACAAGAACCUUGGACAAAAAAUACUGAACUAUUGAUACUGGCAUCUGAUCACAUCCUAGACAAGCCUCGUGAAGAUGUGUUUGAUAAUUACGUCAAAGAUGGUGGAAAAUUGCUAGGUUUUUCAAACUUUUAUACAUUAAAUGAUGCUCUUAGCUUAUGUGAUGUUAGUAGUAGCAUAAAAGAAGUACAAUUGUCUGAGAAAUUGAGACAUGGACCAUGUUUACACGUGCCUGGGAUUGAUACAAUCUAUAAAGGUAUAGCUAUGUAUAAAUUAUAACAUCGAAGUGACUACAUGACCGGUGUCCCAGUUGAUUUGGACCCCCGUAGAUUUGGACCCCCGGGGGUCCAAAUCUACUAGUAUAUAUGGACCCCCGUUGGCGGGUUUGGACCCCCCUUCAAAAGUUAAAUAUAUAAUAAUAAUGGUAUAAUAAUGGUAUUUUAAUAACACAUCAUCGCAUGAAAAUGAAUUACAAUGUGUUUUACAAUUGAUUUGAAUGGGAAUUACAAUACUAAAAGUAACUAUAUUACAAUAUAUCAUUAGAUUAUUAAAUAAGAACUUAUAACUAAGAACAAUUAUUUGUUUAAAACACUAAUCAUGCUAGGGAAAAAACUAUUACCAAAUCUAUCAGUUCUACAUUUAAAAGAAGCGAAUUGUUUAAAAUUCCUUAAAUUAUACACAUGUUCGUUCUCACUGGUGAGAGUUAGAAGGGAAGAAAGACGACUGCCCAAUGCAAUAUUUUUCAUCGUCUUUUCGCAAAGUUCACCUCGACGUAUAUCCAGCCUAGGACACUGCAACAUUUCUUGCGCUUCACCGUAGGAUCGACCUGGCAGUAUAAUCCUCAGUGCACGUUUUUGAAUUUUUUCGACUUGUUCAGAUAUAACGCCAUAUUACGUAUAUAUAUGAGUUUUUAGCGUGUUUAUUUAUCCUUUUAUAGUUGUAUACAUACUUUCCAUUUGGACCUUUAUUUGUAGUAAGAUUUUUGAAUUUGGAUCUCACUGGCAAUAAAAAAAGUUUUCUAUUCACAAUAAAUGACUAUGUGUGGUUGAUAAGCAGGUCCGGGUAUCUGAAAACUAAUGAAUUUAACAUAUUUACUGUUAUUGGGGUUGUUUUUAGUAUAUAAAAGUGUUUAAAAAAGGGGGUCCAUAUCCGCUAAAGGGGGUCCAUAUCUACUAGGAGAUUUGGACCGGGGGGUCCAUAUCUACUAGGAGAUUUGGACCGGGGGGUCCAAAUCUACUGGGGGGUCCAAAUCCGCUGUGACACCGGCAGCCGGCUAUCUAGUAAACUGCCGGCUAUAUAGUGACUAUAAUUAAAGUUGAAUUUUUAUAAGAUAAACCGUUCCCAAACCCUCCUCUUAACCCUGACCCCUAACCUUUUGAGAGUUAAAAAGGCAGAGAAAAAGUUGAAAAAAUUUUAAGAAAAAAAUAUGCUAAGUCAGACGUUAAAAAUAAAACCCGACCCCGGCUCGGUUUCACUUUCCGCAUGCAAUGUCUUUGCUGUAUGCGCUAACGGCAAGCUCGGUAAAACUAGUGCAAACAAAUGUUUUUUAUAUGUAACUAUAGUCAUCAUAUUGCCGGCAGUUUACUAGAUAGCCGGCUGCCGGUCAUCUAGUCACUUUGUUAUAACAUUUUGGUCUAAUUGUAUUGUUUCGAUCUAGGUUACAUAGUUUUGGUGUAAUUCAAUUUCCAAACUUUCCAAUCAGCCACCCGAGUCCUCAGACUGGAAAAUAUGAAAAUCGUGUUUCUGAAAUUUUGAAAAUACAAAUAUAUUUGACUUUUCUUUGUUUUAGUUAAAAAAGAAGAAAAUAUUGAAGUCCUAGCUGUAAGUUUACAAGCGUCUCAACCAGUUGUUAUUAGCAUGUCACAUGGGGAUGGCACGGCAAUACUUACUACUACGCAGAUCUCUAUGGAUACACUGGAUGAUGAAUUACACAAUGAAAUAAAAGAACUGUUGAAAAUAUUGUUGAACUUUCUUGGAGUAACUUGUGGUGAUGCUAAUAAGUCAGUUCUCACCAAUGCAUACUUACUGGGAGAUGACAAGGUUAUAAUAUAACUUAGUGCUUAUUUACUUUAAUUACUUAUUUGCUUACCAUCUUUUGUUGCCAUCUUUUGUUGCUGUGCAGUGGGGCCACCCAAAAAUGGCAGAUGUGAAGACCUUAUUAACCCAUUGCGACAUACUUAUUUUUUUUACUUGUCUAACACCAGACGAUUUUACUCGUCAAUGGGGAAGCUCUGCAGCGCUUAAUGGGUUUACCAAAAAAUCUGACAAUGUCUCUAGUUAACCCAUUGAGAUGCAAUGCAUCCCAGUGGGCUCUACUUUUUUUUUACUUGUCUAAUGCCAGACGAUUUUAUUUGUCAAUGGGGAAGCUCUGCAGCUUAAUGGGUUAAGUACCUUUGUGUGAGAAACACACACAUGCAAAUAUAUUGAAAAUAUGUUCGGUCUAACAUUUCUCUAUCAUAUUCCAAAGGGCAAGGACAUCUUCUUGGGAAGUAUUCAAGAUCUUCUGACAGACAACUACUUCAAAGGAAAUAAUAUCAACAUUCUCUUCACAGAGAACAAAGACACACCCAUAUCCAAUUAUAACUUCCCCGUCAUAACCAAUGGCAAGCCAGAUCAGGCCUCAUUUAGUUUAUCUUUAUAUAAGGAACAUUUGAAAACAAAACAUUUAGGACAACUGGUCAUAUAUACUGAAGUCAUUACAUCAACACAAACAAUUCUUAAUGGGUAAGCAAAUGAUAUGUAACCUGUUUCAAAGCCAAACUGUAAAGUACAUGUUCUUGUUGAAUUAGACAUCAACAAUAUAGAUGGAUCUGUCAAUAUGACUCCAUUUGCCAUGCUUUUGGUUUUAACAGAAGUUUAAAAUUGGUGAAACAAUUACCAGAAGGUUAUGGUCUAGUUUUGGUUGCCAGGCAACAGACGGUUGGAAAAGGUUUGUUUGACCAUCCAUAUUAGGCCUGUUUACACUUGCAAUUUUUGCUGCUAUUUUCUUCCGAUGCAUGGAAACGAGUAGAUGAGUUAUAUUCUGAACCUUAGAGUUAAAUUAUAUACCCUCAUCUGAACUUCAUAACUCAUCCAGUUGUUUACAUCCAUCAGUAGAAGAAAAUCACACCUAAAAUCACAGUAAAAAUUGCAAGUGUAAACAGCCUAUAUAUAAAUACACGAACAAAAGCAGAAAAUGAUUGAUUGGUUAUUUCACUUGUAGGGCGAGGAGGUAACGCGUGGUUAUCACCAGAUGGUUGUUUAUCUUUCUCAUUUUCUUUGCAUGUUGAGCUUGAUUCAAAUCUUGGCCAACGUCUUCCCUUUGUGCAGCAUAUUGCCGCACUGGCUGUUGUUGAUGCUGUUAGAGGCAUGAAUGGUUACGAGGUACUGAAGAUUAAACUGUUCUACAUUUGAGAGUUUCAGCAUACUACUAGACACUUCCUUCGAGCCACUUCCUUCGAGCCUUGCUCUCAUGAAUCAAGAUGAAAGGCAAUUCACUCACAAUUCUUGAGAACAAGGCUCCUGAGCCAAGAGGAAAUUUGUGAUGUCAUUUAUCAAAAGGAUGUGUUUUCAUUUGUAGGGUAUAGGUAUACUGAUAAAGUGGCCAAAUGAUAUCUACUUUGGCAAAGACACAAAGAUUGGUGGAAUUCUUGUCAACUCCGCAAUACAAGGGAGAAGUCUUCAUGCAGUAAUAGGUAUAUAUAUAUAUAAAAUAAAUUUCUUUGUCUUUGACUCAAGAAGUAAAGUGAAAAACAUGUCCUUAUAUCUGCCAGGUAUUGGAGUGAAUCUUGCCAACAGUGAACCGACGACUUGUAUAAAUGAUGUGAUUGAACAAAGAAACAUGGCAUCAAACAUGGCUCUAAGAAAACUAACCAGAGAACAACUUUUAGCCAGGAUACUAAAUGAAAUGGAAUAUCUUGUCAAAGAUUUUCAACAAUCUGGACCAAAAUGCUUUCUUGAGAAAUAUUAUUUAAGGUGGCUACACAGGUAGGAAAUGUUACUUAAUAAUUAAUUGAGGUAAUUGGGUUUUUUUAAAGUUUUUAAGUUGUUUGUUUUUGUAGACUAUACAUGCUGCAGGUAGCCAACCAGCUUUUGUUAGUUCAACGUACACUUCCACAAUUUAAUUGUAUUAUUAGCAAAACAAAAGUUCAGUUUAACCAUUGUUUUGAACAUAUCUAGUGAGGCAAAGGUGAAUCUUGGAAAUGAGAAUGGUGAAAUGGUUACUAUAACAGGACUGGAUGAUAUGGGUUUCUUGUCUGUUGUAAAUGGCUUAAAUGAAGUACAAUCUGUUCGACCUGACGGCAACAGUUUUGACAUGAUGAGAAAUUUGAUCACAAUAAAGACAAGAAAAUGA